CGUCAUUUUCCCGCCAUUUUGAACAGAAGAAUCUGCAAAAUGGAACUGGAAAAUCGAGCGGAGAAAACCCUAAAUCUCCUGCGAAGCAGGCUCUGUGACCCUAGUUUCAUCUUCAAAUCUUUCUCGGAUUCUCCAGACGGAAACUACAGUAAAUUGAAGUUCAUCAUUUCGAGUUCAAUAACAGAAGCGUGCAACAACUCAAUUCUGCUUCUUGGUCCCCGUGGUUCGGGAAAAAUAGCGGUGUUGGAACUUGUUAUUAGGGAUUUGUUGCUGGAGCACGCUGAUGCAGUAUCUGUGAUUAGAUUGAGUGGCCUUCUGCAUAGGGAUGAGAAUUGUGCUUUUAAGGAAGUUGCUAGACAGCUAUGCUCGGAGCAUCAACUGUCAUUCUCUAAAAUGGCAUCAUUUGAUGAUAACUCCCAGUUCAUGAUAGCCACAUUACGGGAGUGUGGAUUAGCACAUAAAACAGUUAUUUUUGUUCUUAAUGAGUUUGACCUAUUUGCACAGGGAAAACAAAGAUUACUGUAUAGCUUGCUGGAUGCUAUGCAAUCAGUAACGUCCCAAGCUGUUGUUGUUGGAGUGAGUUGUCGACUGGAUGCUGAUCAGCUGCUGGAAAAAAGGGUAAGAUCUCGUUUUUCACACAGGAAAUUGUUGUUUCUUCAUCCAUCAAACGAAGAUAUACAGAGAUUGCUAGAACAUGUUUUAUCUUUGCCAACGGAUUCAAGCUUUUCUCAUGACUACAUGGUUGAAUUCAAUAGAAAGCUUCAAAAUAUUUUAGCAGACCAGAGAUUCAAAAAUAUCAUUGCUACGUAUUUGGAUUCCAGUUCCACUGUCAACCAUUUAGUAAGAUUUCUAUUUGUAGCUGUUUCAAAUAUGGAUAUGGAAUCUGGAUUCCUCACACUUGAGAACUUCAAGGUUGCACUUUCAAGUAUCCAAAGGCUGCCAAAGCUGGAAUGUAUAAAAGAUUGUUCCAUAUUAGAACUAUACAUACUGGUAUGCAUGAAGAGAUUGGAAGUCAAAGAGCAAAAUUCAUACAACUUCAAUACUGUCAUGAAAGAGUAUAAAAGUAUUCAUGAUUCCUUCCGAACAUCAGAUUAUUAUGCACGGAGUGUAUGCUUACGGGCAUUUGAACACCUUCUUCAACGCGGAUUAGUAUGUUUCAUGGACAACAGAGUACAGGGGCAAUCUGUGGAAUUUCGAUCAGUAAAGCUUCUAAUUUCGCCUAUUGAGUUACAUCAAGGGAUGAAAUCAUAUCACUCUUGCCCGGCCAUUCUUCUAAAAUUAAUGGAUCGUGAAGGCUGAGUAUGCAGCUUUGAUCGCAGAUUAAGUAUUAUACAUUUACAACUACAGCUUCUUCCGAGAAUUGGAUGACUAUACCUUUGUGGGUUUACUCUCGUCUCUUCUUUCGACAAAAUUCCUCCAUAUUUUCAAAACUCAGUUACGAAUUUAUCAAGAGCGAACCUUGGCAAUGAUAAAAGUUAUUCAAUUGCAAUUUAGGUAAUCCAUGUUUGAAUCAUGGAAACAACCUCUUAGCAGCUCAGGACAGCUGUGUAUCUACUCUCCACAGACCAUGCUAUGUAGCAUGAGUCUUGUGCAUGUAUAGAUAUACUUGUAGACCAUGCUACGUAGCAGGAGUCUUGUGCAUGUAGAUAUAUUUGUAUCGCUUAUCAAGACUGUUUAUUUUCCUCCCCUUCUGGUGAAAAGAAUCUUGUGCAUUGAAUUUGCCGUUCUUAAUGAAUGUUUUUAGAGGUGAGAAUCCAACCCUGCACCUUGUUGCUAUUAA